CGUGUACCGGAGGAGGUGAGAGAGAGAGAGAGGAUCCUUAAAAACAUACCAAAACAAGCGGAGACACCACUUUUCAAAUCAGAUUUGAUGGCGACGAUCCCUCCCCAAUUCCCCUUGGAGAUCCGCUCUGCUCUACGUCGGGCGGCGGCUUCCUCCACCGUCAGCUACUUUCUCCGCCCAAUCACCACCACAACCGCAACUCCUUCGUCACGUCGUCACCGAACGACGAAACCGUUUCGACCUAGUAGAGCCUUCUCUUCCUCCUCCUCCUCAUCCUCCUCAGUUAAGCUCCCAACGAAACCUCCUCUUUGCACCGCCGACGAGCUUCAUUACGUCACCGUUCCGAACAGCGAUUGGCGCCUCGCUCUCUGGCGCUACUUCCCUUCCCCUCAGGCUCCGACGAGGAAUCACCCGCUCUUGCUGUUAUCUGGAGUAGGAACCAAUGCAAUUGGAUAUGAUCUAUCUCCCGGCUGCUCUUUUGCGAGACACAUGUCUGGUGAAGGAUACGAGACGUGGAUUCUCGAGGUUCGUGGAGCCGGGCUGAGUACUAGAGUAUCUGAUCUCAAAGACGUUCAAGAUUCUGCUCACGAGCUGUCUCAUCAGAUACAGUCUACUGCCGAAGCUGCAGCUAAAGAAGCUAAAGCUGCUGAUAUUGUGGACAGAGCACCAGCACCAGAUGUUUCUGUUUUUGGUGAAGCCGGCUCUGCUUGGGACGAGUCGAAGAUCGUGGCGAGGUUAACUGCAACGUUUAUGCGUUUGUCAGAGAGGCUUAGUGGGUUUCUCAGCGAAGGUCAGUCAGUGUUCAUGUCUGCUAGGUUGUUUGAUAGAAUUGCUAUGCUUUUAGAAGAUUCUCGGCUGUACGAGCGCUUUAGUGAGAUAAGAUCAAAGCUUUUGAGUUUGAUCGAGUCGAGGCAAAACUCAGGGCUUGGUAACCAAAUCAGAGAGUUGACUCAGCGCCUUGUGAAUCUUCUCGACGAUGGUCAGAGGUCUGUCUCGCCUCAGCUGAUUGAUCUGCAAGAGCGUCUCACUUCCACCAUUGAGGAUUUUCAGAAGCAGCUUGAUUUGAUCGUUAAAUAUGAUUGGGAUUUUGAUAACUACCUGGAAGAGGAUGUCCCUGCUGCGAUUGAGUAUGUAAGAGCGCAAUGCAAGCCAAAGGACGGUAAGCUUUUGGCAAUUGGGCACUCAAUGGGAGGUAUCUUACUCUAUGCAAUGCUGUCACGUUGUGCUUUUGAGGGUAGGGAACCUUGCCUGGCAGCUGUGGCAACUUUGGCUUCAUCGCUAGAUUACACAACUUCAGAUUCUGCCCUCAAAUUGCUCAUACCUCUUGCCGAUCCUGCACAAGCUCUGAGCGUUCCAGUUGUUCCUUUGGGAGCUCUCUUGGCUGCAGCUUAUCCUCUUUCGUCGCGACCUCCAUACGUUUUAUCUUGGCUUAACGAUUUGAUAUCAGCAACGGAUAUGAUGCACCCUGAACAGUUAGAGAAGCUUGUCUUGAAUAACUUCUGCACCAUACCAGCAAAACUUCUUAUACAGCUGACAACAGCCUUUCGAGCGGGAGGUUUACGCGAUCGUAGUGGUAAAUUUUACUACAAGGAUCAUCUUUCCAGAACCAGUGUCCCUGUCUUAGCUCUUGCGGGUGAUCGGGACCUGAUCUGUCCCCCUGUAGCUGUAGAAGACACUGCUAAGCUGUUCCCUGAAAACCUGGUCACUUACAAGGAACUUGGAGAACCAGACGGACCACAUUACGCGCAUUAUGAUUUGGUUGGAGGACGACUGGCAGUGGAGCAAGUCUAUCCUUGCAUAACUGAAUUUCUUAGCCAACAUGAUUCUGCAUAAGUGAAACUUUCUCUGAUCUUCUGUACCGUACAAGCAAUGUUGCGCUUUGGUGGUGUCCAAUCAGAAGGGUCUGUUAAUAAGGAUGUCAUCUCCGUUUAAGGCAUGUACAUUUAGUGUUCCGGCGAACUGUACAUUAGCUUAUGAGGCAUUUUUUCACCUUGUACAUCUUUUGGACGGAUGAUCCGUGAGACUAAUUGUACAGACAUGAAUUCAAGUGUAUAUUUUUUCUGUCA